UAUUACGAUCUAAUUUCUGGAGCGGAUGCUGAACUGAAGCAACUGAGAGACGAGGUGGCGUUACUGAAAGCCUACCUCAGGCAGGCGAGCAGGAAGGAGCAGAAGGAUGAUCCCUUAAGAGAAAUGGAGAGGCAGAUCAGGGAGGCUAUUUAUGACGCGGAGGACACCAUCGACUCUUGUUUGACCGACGCAGGAGUAGCAAAUACCAAGUUUUUUAAACUGAUCAGAAAUUUAAGGCCAAAGCGUGGUAGCCUGGCAACCGAAGUUAAGUCACUUAGAAAAGAUACGGUGACGCCGCUGCUCAACAAGGCUGAGACGUUCUUUGCUAACAUGCAAACUGGAGAAGGCUCUGGCAAAAGCCUGGAUGGAUCUAAUAAAAGCGUGCAAGAACCGCUGAGGAAUUUACGGCAAAAGGUUCCAUCAAUCAAGCAAGACAAAAUAGUAGGUUUUGAAGAAGAGGAAAAGACUGUGUUGGGCUAUCUCAUGGAGAAAAGACCGAAACUUGAUGUUAUAUCCAUCAUUGGUAUGCCUGGGCUAGGGAAGACAACCCUGGCAUGGAAGGUUUUUCAAAAUGAGGAUGUGAAGUAUGAAUUCCCCAUCCGGAUAUGGGUUAAUGUUUCUCAAGAGUUAAACAUGAAAGAUGUGCUUGUCACCAUUUUGAAAGGAUUCCGCAAGAACGAUGACUUGUCUCGCUUGGAUUAUGAUGACUUACUCGAGAGCGUUUGUGAUUCGCUGAAGACGACAAGAUUCUUGUUAGUCCUGGAUGAUGUAUGGACUGUUGAUGCCUUGGAGGCUAUCAAAAAAGUCUUGCCAAUUGACAAUAUGAUGGCUAAAGUUCUCAUAACUACUCGCCACGAAAAUGUGGGUACUCAUGCCAAUGUUAAGAGAAAACCCCACAAGUUGGCUUUCCUAAAGGAGAUGAAAAGUUGGGAACUUCUCCGAUUGAAAGUAUUUGAAGAUGACCCCUGCCCUGGUUAUUUGGAGAGCACUGGGAAGCAAAUAGCCAAGAAAUGUGGCGGGCUGCCACUUGCACUUGUGGUGAUAGGAGGAAUUCUUGUGGACCAAUUCUCAAAAGCACAAGGAAGUACUGCAAUUUUAAGUGCAUGGGAAGAUGUGGAAGAGAAUGUGAGUAGAUAUUUUAAAGACUAUGUUAAAGACGAGGAUAAGGAGAAAGGCACAGCAGAUGUUGUAGCAUUGAGUUACAACAAGUUGCCUGACGCCUUGCGGGAUUGCUUCCUUUACUUGGGGGUGUUCCGAGAAGAUUAUGAAAUCCCGGCUUGGACGUUGACGCGUUUAUGGAUUGCCGAGGGGUUCAUACAACAUGAGGACGGGGAGAGCUUGGAGAAAACUGCUGAAGAGAAUCUCAAUGAUCUUAUCAGUAGGAACUUGGUGAUGGUUGAAAAAAGGAAUCAUAUUAACGAAGUUAAAACAUGUCGCGUUCAUGACGUGAUACGCCAGUUUUGCAUUUCUAAAGCUGAUGAGCAGAAUUUGUUCAAGGAGAUAAAGAAGUCCAAGGAAGGAGUUCUUCACCCGCCAGUUGCUGACAUAGAUAAAUACCGUCGUCUUUGUAUGCAUUCCAAUCUCUCUGAUUUCCUUUCUUCUGCUCGACGACUAAAGGGCCCUGGCAUCCGUUCCUUUUUAUGUUUCUACAACGAGUCCUUUGCCAUGGAAGCAAAAUACAUUUCAACUAUCCCUGAUGCCUUCCCGCUGCUCAGGGUUUUGGAUUAUAUGUCCGUCAAAUUCAAUCAAUUUCCAUCAAAGAUUACCAAACUUAUUCACUUGAGGUACAUCACUCUGUCUUGGGAUGAUCUCGACUUUCUUCCUGAAGCCAUCUCUGAGCUAUGGAACCUGCAAACUCUUGUAAUCGACACCAAAUGUCGUACCAUUGAUGUCGAAGCAAAUAUAUGGAAAUUGAUUCAGCUGAGGCAUCUAAAGACGAAGGCAGCCAUUAAACUGCUGGAGAUAAAAGGCGAAGGCCGUAAAGCUGGUGAAAACCUUCAAACACUGAGUAGAUUAUCGCCAGAAUCUUGCAAGGACGAAGUUUUCACUAAAGCCCGUAACCUGAAGAGACUGGGGAUUAGCGGGCGCUUACACAAUCUUUUGGAGGCCCACUGCUCCUUGGAGAACUUGGCUUUCCUUGAAAACUUGAAGCUGGUGAAUGAUUUAUCUUAUGAACUAGAAACAGGAAAGUCGCUGCGUAGCCUUCUUCAACCCAAAUUCUUGCCCCGAAAACUCAAGAGGCUGACAUUAUCAGCCACGUAUUUGGAUUGGAGUGAUAUGUCCACAUUGGGGGAGAUUGACACCCUUCAGGUCCUCAAGUUGAAAAACAAGGCAUUCAGCAGAGGAAGUCGCUGGAAAGUCCAGGAUGGAAGCUUUGAAAAACUCCAGUUCUUGCUCAUUGCCAACACAGAUUUAAUUUAUUGGGUUGCCUCAGCUGGUCACUUUCCUAGUCUUCGGUGUCUUGUGCUUAGGAACUGUGAAAAACUCAGUGAGAUUCCACUAUGUCUGGCGGAAAGUCUCGAGAAAUUGGACAUAGCACAUGUACCAGAUUCAGCAUUUGACUCUGCCAAGAAAAUUCAGGAGAAAAAAGAACUGAUGUCGUUAGGACAAGAGAAUGCCAGAUGGGGCACAUUUGAGCUCAAACUUCCUGCUGGACAUAAGUGAAGUGACAACUUGCAAUCUCAUACCUCAUCAGGCAAACAACAAAGUUAAAGAGGAGGUAGCCACCAUACGCGCGUCUGUCCAUUCUCAUCUUGCUCGCUUGAAUAAGUAGUGUUGCACUUCAUUUUAUUCAAAACAAGGGCCGUCGGUGUGUUUGUGUUUGAUGCAUGAUAACUAUAUAUCAUUUUUCUCUUCUUCUCAUCAUCUGUUCUUCUCCCUAUUUGAGAACUGGUGUGUUCCUUUCGUGACUAUGGAAUAAUGUACUACCAACUCUUUCAGGA